UUAUAGACUCUCCACAUUUAGGGGUAAUGUGUUCGACCAUGGGCCUGGUUUAUAGUCCUGUUUAUAAGGCCACAAUGCCUGAUUGAGUUGUUCAUUUAUUUAAAUUCUCGGCGCGAAACAAAUCAAAUCAAAUUAAACACCACACUACACACUCCCUGGAAUACUAGCAAAAAAAUGCAGAAAGUGAAAAUCUCACCAUUCAGGCUUUCUUCGCUGAUCCGACUCGAACCCGAUCCGAAACUCGCUCUUAAACUCUUCCUGAAUCCCAAUCCUGACCCUGAUCCCCCUUCUAAUCCCAAUGUGAAACCCAAACCGUUCCGUUACUCACUCCUGUCGUAUGAUUUAAUUAUUACGAAACUCGGGCGGGCGAAAAUGAUCCCCGAGAUGGAACAAAUUGUCGAGCAGAUGAAGCGCGAGACGACGCGCUUCAUCCCGACAGAGAUUAUAUUUUGUAAUAUAAUUAAUUAUUAUGCGCGUGCUCGAUUGCCUGAUCGAGCACUGCGGAUUUAUGAUCAGAUUCCGUCUUUUCGGUGUCGAAGGACUGUGAAGUCUUUUAAUACUUUGUUAAAUGGGAUGUUGUAUUGUAAGAGAUUUGAGAAGGUUAAUGAGCUUGUUAGGGAUAUUAAUGUGUAUGCGCGACCGGAUGUUUGUACUUGUAAUAUAUUGAUUAAUGCGGCGGUUAAUUUUGCGGAUUUGGAGAGUGCGCGGGAGGUGUUUGAUGAAAUGUCGAAGAGAGGGGUUCUGCCGAAUGUGGUUACUUUCGGGACUAUGGUUAAUGGGCUUUGUAGGAACGGGGAGUUGGGCGAGGCGUUUAAGUUGAAGGAGGAGAUGGUGGAGGUUUUUAAUUUGAGGCCGAGUGUGUCGGUUUAUGUUGCGUUGAUUAAGGGGCUUUGUAAGGUUGGUGAGGUGGAUUCAGCUUUUGGGUUGAAAAAGGAGAUGGUGGAGAAUGAAGUGAAGUUGGAUUCUAGUGUUUAUUCGACUUUGAUUGCUGCUUUGUUUAAGGCUGGUCGGAGAGGGGAGGUCGAGGGAUUGUUGGAUGAGAUGAGAUUAGGUGGAUGUAAGCCUGAUGUUGUGUAUUAUAAUUCGUUGAUAAGUGGGUAUUGUAAUGACAAGGAUUUUGAUUCGGGGUUUGGUGUUUUGAAGGAGAUGGUGGAGGAAGGAGUAAAGCCUGAUGUUGUUACUUAUAAUACGAUUAUUGGGGCGUAUUGUAGGCAAGGGAAAUUGAGAGAAGCGAAUGAUUUAUUUGAGGAGAUGCCGAGCAGGGAAUGCAAACCGGAUAUAAUAACCUACAGGAUGCUUUUUGAUGGGCUUUGUGGUGAUAUUCAGUUGGUGGAAGCUACAAGUAUAUUGGAUGAGAUGGUGUUUAAGGGAUUAUAUCCUCGUGAUACAAGUGUAAGCAAUUUCAUGGAUAAGUUGGUUGAGAAAGGCGAAAUGAAGUUGGUGUGGAAAGCUUUGGAUACUCUUGCAAAAGGAAACCUUAUAGAUGUUGGAACAUGGAGCAGAGUGAUCUCUAUGGUGUGUGAACAAGAGAAGCUGUCAGAUACGUGCAACUCUAUUGAUACUCUGACUUUAACGAACAUCAAUCUAUCUUCAGUAAAUUAAGUUGAUCUUGUUUUCCGGUAACAGUAGGAAUAAUACUAAGAGUUGAUAAUAGAUCUGAAUAUUAGUGUGCACCAAUAUUAUAUAUUGCUCUGUGAGGGACCGUCAACUUAUAAUAUCAAGUGAUCCUUCUCUUUUGGUAUCAGUUUCAAUUUUUGUUUUCUUAUUGGUGAUCUAGUUCCUCUUCAGGAUUAUUCUGAUAGCUUAUCUUGUUACAUUAUUCCCAUCCUAUGAUACAAGUGUCGAGUAGUUUGAUGGAUUUUAAACUGAUUGAGAAAGGUGAAAUGGACUUCAUUACAGAAAGUUUUAGAUACGGAGCAAUGGAUGUCUAUAGUCUGUGAACAAGAGAGGCUGUCAGAUACGUGCAACUGUAUUGAUACUACUACUUUUCUAAAAAGCAAUCCGCUAAGCCGAGUUGAUUUUUUAUGUGAAAACGCCUCCGGUGAUUACAGUGGUGUUAAAAGUACACAUGCAUUGUGAGGCCUGUGUUCAAGAGAUCAGGAAACGGAUUGAUCGAGUGAAAGGGGUUGAGAAUGUAGACCCGGAUCUCAAAUGCUCGCAAGUGAUAGUUAAAGGAGUGUUCGACCCCUUGAAAUUGGUUUAAUAUGUGUACAGAAAAACCGGAAAGCAUGCAACUGUUGUGAAGCAAGAACCUGAGAAAAAGAAGGAAGAUGUGAAGGGAAAUGAGGAAGCUAAGGAAGAGAAAAAAGGUGAUGAGGGUGUUGGCAGAGAUGGAGAGAAAGUCGGAGAACCAGCAGCUCAUAUGGAAAAGAGAAGAAGGAAAAAGGCGGGGAGAAAGAGGCGGCAAGCCAGAGGAGAUUGCGCCACCGGCAGAAAAACAAGAGGCGAAAAUGGAGGUAAUGGAGCUGAAGAAAAAUGAUUUUUCCUAUUACUACCCUCCACAGAAUUACCAAAUCUGAAAAGAUGAUGGAAGAAGAGAAAGCAUUAAAACAGCUGAGGAGAACACUGGUACCUCGUGCAAGACCAGUCCCGAAUUUCGCCAGUCUAUUCUUACCGCAAAAGUAUGAGACUACAAACAUUUACACACACCAAUUAAAAAAAGAGAGCAGUAUUUAUCAUAAGUUUGCCUCAAUUUAAAAUUAUUACAGUUACUUUUUGCUUCUUUGUUUUCACAUGACCCAGAGGGUUCUUCAUGUUAUUCAGCUUUUAUCUUCGCAUUCACAUGAUCGAGAAGGUUCAUGGUGAGGUAGUUAAAGGCAUCAAUCAAUAGCUUUGAUAGAUUCGUCCUCCGUCAAGCUUGCGGUACUUCCCCUGAGGUCUGCAUCAAUGGCCUUCUACAUGUUUGCGAAAAUGUCACAAUGAAUGAAUAUGACACAAAUGUAGGCUAGGUCAAAAAAAAAAAAUGAUUUAAGAAGAAGCAGUCUGGAGAAGCAAGAAGAGGUAAAACAAAAAUGAUUCAAGAAGAAGUCACUGUUCAUGGAUUUCUCAGUAUGUAUCACGUGCUCAAUUUUUGUGUUUACUACUCUUUUUUACUGAGAAUGAUUGCUUAGUUGUGCUUAAAUUUAUAGUUUUCUAUUUAGGACUUUUUUGCCUUUGGAUAAUAAGCUGAACAAAAUAUUUAUGUUCAAUCAGGUUCUGCUUCUACUUAAUUUCAGCCUCUCUUUUGGAAGAAAAACAUAAUAGGAAUCUGUUUUAUGAUUUUAGUUUUUUUGUGAUUAGUGUGUAGAUGGUCAUAAAGCUGUCAACUAGACAGCCAAACCUGGAGAGUUGGAUGAAAGUCCUCAAAGCAAUUACUUCGGAGAAUGGCAUUAGUCCACAAGUUGAAGAGGAAUUCUCCAUGACAAUAGAGGUAUUUGUGGCUUCUAGAUUGAAUGUUCCAGGAACAUGGCAGAUGCCUCAGGUAAAUAUCUCGAUGAAAAAGGAGAAUCGCAGGGAUAAUGUACAGCUGAGCUACUCAGCGCAAAGUAUAGUGGAAGGGCGUAGCACUUAACCGGUUAUAAGCUCAGAUAAUAUCGACUUUGAAGAUGUCUUUGGAGAUCCUCCAAGGAGGUUUCAUAUCAUGAAACAACAAGAUACAGUUCAGAUGGAACAUUGGAUGGUAUAGAAACUGCGAGGUCUUGUAGUUUGAAAGUAAGUCAGAGUAAGUCAAUGAGAAAAGUACAUGGCCAAGGACAAAUCUCAGAAAAUGUUAAAGUAUCAAAUUUGAAAACAAAGUGAUCAGAAUUCAGGAGCCAAACAACAAACAGCACACGGAAUGACGGCAAGUCCACUUCUCCUGAUGAAGAUUUCACUUCGAUCGUUGAAGAUGUCAAAGAUCUACUUUGCCGAAAUUCCUCUUAAUGUUGAACUCAGGUGUCAGGUAUGGGAUUGAGAAUUCCAAGCUUUCUGUUACAUCGUGCAAGUGUAAUGUGUAUAUUGGUGUAAUGUGGCUGAAGAGCACCAGGUUUUAGGACAGGGCAUCAGUCUACAAGUUGAACAGGAAUCCUCCAUGACAAUAGAGAAUUUUGAAGCCAGAUCAAAUAUAAAAGAGAAUAGCUCAAUUUUACUUGAAAAAAGGUUGAAAGCUUCUCUGAUUCUAUGAAGGAAAGAAAAAAGUAUAAGGACAUAGCUGACGCAGCACAAGCAGCAUUUGAAUCGGCAGCUUAUGCAGCAGCAGUCCAGAUGAUCAAAAUAGUCUAAGUACAAGAUUGAAGAAGGCAUCUAAUACACCUGAGCCUAGAGAGGUUUGGACAGAGAAAUUUGAAAUCUCUAACACUUAUCGAUCUGUGUACGAGGAUGAAGAAAAGGACUUAAAAUUUAUAAAUCAUACAAAUUUUUUAAUGUAUUUUAUACUUUAUAUUUUUCUCACUCGCGCGAAGCGCGUUUUUCCCACUAGUUUUUCUAUAUAUUAUUUAUGAAAUCAAUCUUAGUUGCCGUCCUGUUCUAACAGUCAUGAUCUCAGUUCUGCAGUCCAUGUUAAAAUUGUGUUAAUCUAAUACACGAAUAACUGGCAGUCAACAAAUUUGUAUCAAAACAAACUUGCCGCCUAUAGCGUAACCUACCUAAUAAUGUAUGCGAGUCAAUUUCAUUUCUCAGUCUCCCCGCACGAAGGAUUUUUAUCUAAUAAGCUUUUUCUAUGCGUAUCAGCUUGUCUUCUUCAUUUGUCUUGUAUCUGACUGCAUGCCUGCAUAUCAUGCUUAGCACAAGUUCUGUUUAUUUUCCGCAAAUGAGGUAUCAUUGCAGUCCUUGUUUUAUUCACUGCCUGCAUACACGAGUUUUUAUUAUUGUUGAAUAUACACGAGUUAUAUUUCAUAUUUAUAAGACAAACAUUUGUACACGUCACUUUCAACAUUUUCAAUUAUGCAUACCAAUUUGAACGACAGAUCUGGGUAAGCAUUACCAUUCUCUUAAUCGAGCAUGUUUCCAUCACUGUCAUAUACUUUUGCACAACCACAGUCCACAAAGCACCAAUUAUACACCUCAUGAAGCACCAAUUAUUAGACUCUUUGAUUUCUCUUCUGGUACAUUACCAUUAUGUAAUGCAUAAUUGUCACGACUUUUGCAUUUUAUUUGGUUCUGAUCAGCUGAAGAUGCGAGAGUAAUAUCAAAAUUAUCAAUGAGUUCCUGACUCCCUGGCCGGCAGCUUAGUUCACAAGUGCCUGCCUAACUUCCACAGGUAUUUUCUAAAUGCACUGAUGUAACCGUCAGCACAGUAUGUGACACGUCUACUUCAGUUUCUUACAUCUCUUGUGUCUUCCUCUAGAAUCCAUCCUCGCACCCUACACAUAUAUAUAGAUGUCCAUGUGAUGCUAAACAAGCACCUCACACCUCAACAAGCUUGCAAAUACUACUCUCUACUUAUUCUUCUCGUCUUUUAAGCUUUACUGGCUAUUCAAUGGCCUGCACAAGAAAACUGUUUUGCAUUGUAGUUCUCCUUUUAUUAUGUUUUAACCCGUGUUUUGAAGCAAGAGUGCUCGGAAGAAUAGAGAAAACAGAGGUAUCAACUUUAAAGCAUCCUCUGGUUACAACUUCCAUUCCCAAGAGAACCAAUUCCAUUUCUUCCGCAAAUGAUAAAGGUCAUAUUACAGUGAUUGAUGAAAGGCCCUAUUUUCGCUCUUCUGCACAAAAUGACAGGAAUCUGCAGUCUGUUCCUAGUCCUGGGGUUGGCCAUUAAACCAAGACCGUUAAGGCCUUCUGGCCAUUCUUCUGCAAUGUCAAAUUGAAAAAGAUUAUUGUUUAUACAAGUUGUGCAAUAUUCAACAAAUAAUUCAAUUAAUAGCUUUUAUGUUAGAAGUUUUAGUUUUUUUGAAACAUGUUAGAAGUUAGUUAUGCAUUAUAAUUUGAUAUAGGAAAGCAAGGCACAACUUCAAUUUGGAACCCA